CAAAAGCUUACGUCAUCUUCUGUCUAUUAUCCUUCCUGAUUUAUCCCUUUCCCCGCCUUUCACUGAUCCUCAAAACCCUAAUCAAAACCUCAAAAAAUUGAUAUGAUAUUCGAGGCUUACAUAAAAUUAGUUUUUUCCUCUUUUCUUAUCUAAUCUAAAUCUAAUCGUUUGAGCAAUGGAUGAUUCCGAUGAAGAAGGUCCGUAUUUAACAAAGCCCACAUUUCGAUCAAAGCCAGCAAUUCGAAACCCUCACUCUUAUCCGCUCAACACCCAUUACACCACAAACGACGCCAUCUUUGCCCAGGAAGAUGACGAAUUUGAGGAUGACGAAGAAAGCCCACAAUUUCAAAAUGCUCAAAGCGGGUAUUAUUAUCAAUCUUUCUAUGAGGAUGAGCCCAAGCGAAGCAAAAAGAAAAGAAAGUUGGAAUCUUUGGUCCCAAAUUACGAGCUUGCCCCUCGCGCUGGGCUGAAUGCACCAAAAGGUUCCAGUCUUGGUGGUGGGAGCUCGAGGGAUUCCUGGAAUGAAGAGGAGAGCUUUGUGCUGUUGGAGGUUUGGGGGGAGAGGUAUUUGGAGCUGGGGAGGAGGAGUUUGAGGGCUGAGGAUUGGGCUGAGCUGGCCGAGAAAGUCUCCGAGAUGAGUGGAAGGGAGAGGAAUGAGAUGGAGUGCAGGAAUCAAUUGGAUGUAUUAAAGCAGAAAUACAAGAAAGAGCGGGCGAAAAUGGAGAAAGUUGGAGGUGGAUUCUUGAGCAAGUGGGUGUUUUUUAAGAAAAUGGAUGUGUUAUUGAAUCUGAGGAUGAGAGGGCAUGUUGGGUUGGGUUGUGGGGUUGAUUCUGGGGAGUACGUGUUUAUGAAUCCGCGGGUGUAUUUGGAUAAGUCUAAUGUGUUGGAUGAGAUGAGGGAUAGUCCUGGAGUGUCUGAUGAGGAGAAUGAGGAGGAAGAGGAGGGUUUGGGACUAGGGAAGGACGAGGAGGAUGGAGAAUCGGCUAGACUGUUGGCUGACUCGAUUCAGAGGUUUGGAGAGAUUUAUGAGAAGAUUGAGAGUAGUAAGAGGAGACAAAUGAUGGAGCUGGAGAAGAUGAGGAGAGAUUUUCAGAGGGACUUGGAGUUGCAAAAGAAGCAGAUAGUUGAGAGGGCACAGGCUGAGAUCGCUAAAAUAAGAGAAGGGGUUGAAGAGGAGGAUGAUGACGAGGAAGAAGAUGAUGACGAGGAGGAGGAAGAUGAUGACGAUGUUCAGAAUGAGAAUAUCCAGGUGUGAUACAGGAGGGAGAGCGUUUAUGAGAAAUGAAGGUCAUUGGAACCGAAAAUCACCCUUCUACUGGACUUCAGCAUCGAUGGCCAACUGCCAGAGUGGUUGUUUUGGGAAAGUUUUGGCUCUUUUUGAGUACCUCGCCAUAUACCUUUUGUUUCUUUUUUGGUGCAAGGGUAAUUUGCAAUUACUCCAUCUUGCAAGUAUGACAAUGAAUUUCUGUAUCUACUGUUAGGGUUUAGUAUGAAAUCUGGUAUUUUUGGUUAGGUACAGUAGCUUUCUAUUCUCUAUCUACCUAAUUACCCCAACAUGUUAGCUCAAUUUUGUUUUUCACCAGCAUCUACUUCUUGUUUGAUAUGAAACAAUAAAAUGGGAAUCUAUGUGAAAACACAUUCUUGAUCGCCUUA